AGUAGAAGUAGCUGACUUACCGAAGUACUGUAAGCAUGGUAGAUGACCGCAUCAGUCCAAGCCGCUACUGGUCACCGGUGAACCUUAGUUCCGAGAUGUCUUUCCAUAUGCGAUGGAUAAGUUCCUACAUCAACCACCUCAAUUGAUUAUUAACGCUCAUCUCUCUACUUACCCAAGUCUUAGCCUCUUCUAAAUUCCCCACAUGUGCUUGAAUUCCUCACAUUCAACUUUGCCAACAUUACCUCUGUCUCUUGCCUUUCGCUAUUGCUAUUGUUGCUGGAAAUUAAACAAUACUCCAUCCAGGCUGGUGCAGGCGUGUCGACAUGCAGUAUAUCCGUGUCCUAUUCAUUUCAACUGCAAUAACGCUUUUAUGUCAUCUUCCAUCUGCAACUGCACAUGGACAUGACUCUUUUGAGGAUGACGGGAAUGCAGUUUCCAGUAUUUCUCCAACUCGUCCAGUUAUCUCCAUGUCGGCUGCACCUUCAGCGACAAAUGUAGCUCAGAGUUAUUUUCAACUCUCUUCGCAUUCUAACCUAAUCUACGCACAUAUAUUUCUGAUGAUACUCGGAUGGGUUUUUAUCUUACCAAUAGGCAUUAUGUUCAAUCUCACACGUUCGCGGCUGGCAAUACCUGUCCAAUCAAUUUUUAUUGUUGUUAACGGCCUUGCGAUUCUACUCGGUGUUGUCUAUAAUCACAAAACGCCGGAACUUUAUCCGAAGAACAUACACCAUGGGCUUGGGUGGGCUGUAUCAUGGAUCAUCGCAGCGCAACUUGUGAUGAGUUUUAUUAGACUCUACUCUAAAAGCCCGAAUUUGAACAGCGGUGACCGACAUGAAUGUGGUAACUUCCUGCCCAUCUCGGUUGAGGCUAUGGAAGAGCAUCAACAGGCACAUGACGACCAUUGCCAUCGCUAUUCAAGGGAUAGUGGACAGGGAACCGAGAGAGACUCAUCCUCUUUGGGUCGCCAUCCAUUCUCCCCCAUUGAAGGCGAUGAAGAACGCCCGUUAUCCGGGUUUCAGAGUGAUGGACGCUUUGCAGAAGAAGAUGAUGAUGAGGGUCACGCAUAUGGCGAAAAGCCCUCCAUCUUACCCAGUACAGCUAUAGAACGUUAUAUUUCCACAAAAGUCCCGCGAGUGUUCUCAAGAAAAAUGUGGUAUUUUGUGGAAUUUGUGUCUCAAGUUAUAGAUCGUUCCAUUCUCGUCCUUGGGUUUGCGACGAUUUGCACUGGGGCGGUCACGUUUGGAGGGAUUUUUCGUGGUAUUAAUGUUUUUAACGGAUUGGCACAUUUCAUCAAAGGAGGAAUUUUCUUCUGGUAUGGCAUCCUAACUCUAGGUCGGUGGAUGGGAUGCUUUGCAGCCUUGGGCUGGGCUUGGAACGUGAAGCCACCUAAAGAAAUAGUUGGACCCCGCAUAGCUUCUGUUCCUUCAGCCGAGUUUGUGGAAUCCAGUGUCAUCUUUUUCUACGGCUCGACAAAUGUUUUCCUUGAACACCUUGCCAAUUGGGGAGGCGAAUGGGCACCCUCAGAUUUAGAACAUGUCGCUAUUACAAUUAUGUUUUUUGGUGGUGGGUUGCUUGGCAUGCUCGUUGAAUCCAGAAAAGUUCGUUCAUUGUUGAACGCUUCGUUCGAACCCUCUCUGCAUUCUACAAGCGGAGCCCCUAAUCAAUUCUUCGAGCCACCAAAAACGUAUGGAUUUUCGAUGAACCCUCUACCAGGCUUAGUCAUCUUACUCCUUGGUAUGAUGAUGGGUUCUCAUCACCAAGCGUCCAUGGUAUCUUCCAUGGUUCACAAACAGUGGGGAACGUUGUUUGCAGGCUUUGCUCUCGCAAGAUUGGCCACCUAUGUGGUUUUCUAUAUCGCUCCGCCAACAUCUUUUCUCCCUUCUCGGCCUCCGUCAGAAAUAGUCGCGUCAUUUUGUCUCAUUGCGGGGGGUCUUAUUUUUAUGGUCAGCAACAAGGAUACAGUGGCGGCCAUGGAACAGUAUAACAUCGACAGCAUGUUUGUUUUCACGGUGACAGGAGGGGUUACCGCGUUCCUUAUGGCAUGGAUCACGUUGGUUGUAUCUAUUAGAGGUUGGUCUAUCCGGCGGAAAACCAAGCCGACCUUCGGAUGGCUCGCGCAGUGAAGAUCGCUCACGAGGAUAUUUUCAUUGAUGCUACUCUUGCACUUCGAUCCGCUUCACGAAAGAAAUGAGAUGCCCGACUUGGGCAACGAUAUCAUAUACCCUUUUUUCUACCAGCUUUAAUCAGUCAGAUAUAAUAUUUAAUGGAGACCCGAUUUAAUUGUCGUCC